ACCUUGCGGAUCCUGGCGGGCGGCUGCUGUGGUGGCGGCGGGUUCCGCGGCUUAGAGUCACAUGGGCCCAGGCCCAGGCCGGGCAGCGGAGAGCGGAAAGCGUGGAGGCCACCACGGCCACCGCCCCCUCCGCGCCGGUGGAAACCGCACCGCGGCUCCGGAACCGACCCCCAGCCGCGUCGGUGUUCAGGGGCGGUCGAGGCCGGAGCGAGGAAGACGCUCGGGUCCUGGCGCCCACCUUGCUUCGCCCAGAAUGGCGCACCGCCCAGGUUAAGAUACUCAAGGCAAUCUGAAGCAAAAGAACCAGUGGACUCCAGGGCUCAGCAUGGCACUGCAAGAAGAGGAGGACAUAAGUGGAAGUGCUGGUGGACUCACUAGAUGGGGUGUUUUCAGCUCAUUCCAGCUGUCUUGGCUUGUCUUACUCCACUGGCUCCCAAGAGUCCAGCCUCCUGGACGAGGAGCAUGUGGUUUACUCUGGAUGUGGCAAUUUUUUUGCAGAAUAGGAUGAGAAGGAUGAAGAAGAUGAAGAGUCACUAGAUUCCAUGAAACAAUGAAUGAUCAGGGCUGUUAAGCCCCCCAAAUGGGGCUUGAGUGUUUUAAAAUACACAUCAUGAGAUCAAAAUGAGCUGUGAAUUCCAUAAUCAAAGGUCUCCGCAUAAUAAUGGGUGACUUCUCAGACUACUACCAACACCUGGUCUCCAGUUUGUCUCAUGGAAAUCCAUAUUCUCACUGUCUGGAGAUGAUUCUGAUGACAUCAGUAGCUACUGAGUGUGUCCUGGCCAGUUGGAGAAAGAAAAGAGGCAAGGCCCUGGCGGGAAAGGUACUGCUAAAAACAUCAUGGCAGUACCUGUCAGUUCUUCUAAUGUAGGGGAAGAAACGGAUCUCGAAGAAGUCGUCCUGGAAUCGAGUUCUCAGUUACAACAGAGCAAGCAGGCUUUCUAGGACCUCGAAGAAAAAUUUCUCAUUCGUAAAUCUACGAUGUACUCCCUGGCAAAACAGCUCCAGAAGUAUCAAUGCAACAGUGACAAUGACCUAAUUGUUUCUGCGUUGGGGGAGAAGAUGCAGUCCCAUGACGGGGAAGUGGCCGAGAGACUGACGGUAGAAGAGCAGCUAAGGGAAUCCAAUAUCAUCAUUGACCAUCAGACCCAGGAGCUGUUCGAAUUGAGGACCAGAUUACGUUAUGGGAGAAAUGUAUCAUUACUUAUCAGAGAGCAUCUGUGGGAAUUCCUCACUCUGCACAGUUCUGACAGCCCCAAAUUGCAUGAACUGCUGGUUUCUGUGUACAAGCUCACAGAUUGCCUGAUCCUCAGACUCAGCCCAGAGAAUGGUGCAGAGGAGAGUGGAAAAGAAGAAGAAUCACUGGCUUCCAGAAAGUCAACAUAAUCAGAAGCAAGUGGAAGAGGAAGAGGCAACAGACCACAGCAUGGAGCUCCAAGAGAGUGGGGAAAUGGAUGAAGUGCUGCUGGACUCACUGGAUGAGAUGUAUUUGACUCCUUCCAGUUGCCACAACUUGCCUGACUCCCACCAACCUCCCAAGAGUCCAUCCUCGCUCUCUGAAGAGCACGUGGAUGUGGAUAAAUCCCAUGACAGUGGGGAUGAUAAUGAAGAGGAGUCACUGGAUUUGAGCAGUCUCCCCCGUGAACUGGAAGAGGAGAAAGAGAAGGACCUGCUGCCAGAUGAAAAGUAUUUUUUAUCCUGUGAUCAUCCUGAUUCAUCUGAAUCAACAGAACCUCUUACAACCUCUCUUCCAUCAGAUGAGACCAAAGUCAGCUCUGCUCUGGAUAGAGCCAAGCCACGUCUGGAUGCUCGCCUUGAAGUGAAGAACCCUCCCAAGCUCGAGGGUGGUUAGCUCGAAGGCUCAGCUGUUCAAAAGCCUGGGUGUGAGGUGCCUGUCCCCAUGGAUGCCACCAGCGUCCUGACUGAGAAGAUUAUCAAGAUACAGCAACUCUUGAGCAAACAGAGAAUGGCAUGCAGAGUCCCUGGCCUUCAAGCUUCGGGUAGAGUGGCAGUCACUACUGUGGCUCUGGGAAGCACUUACCCAUUAAAACUCUCUAGCUCUAAGUAUGUAGCUCUUUCUACUGUGAUUUCUCUUCGCCAUUGGUGGUUUCCCACAGCAGCUGGAGACUGUCUGGUCCUACCUCUGUUUUUCAUGGUCUUCCACCCUGAUGGGCCCUUCCAUCUCCAUCUCCUGUUUGCGCUCUGAACUCUGCUCUGUUCCCACAUCUGCUGUCCUGAAAUUCCCUGUACAGACCACGGGAAAGUCAAGCCCGAUUGGGGAGCAUCCUUUGAGGAGCAUCUCUCAGACACAUGCUGUCUUCCCUGGAAUGACACGCCGUCCAGGCUGUUUGGCCUUCUCUUGCCAGCUUCCUUGCCUCCACUGCCUCUUUCUUCUGGAAACAUGGCUUUGCUGAGUCACGGGCGUGUGGCUUCUUCUGGGACCCACCUUGGGAAACAGAACUGAGUCAACCCUGGCUUCUCAUCUUGGACUUAGAAAGGCAUAGUAUGAAAACUGACGAGAAAGAGCCCUGAUCACAACACUCAACCUCAUUUGGGCUACAGGUGGCUGUUCUCAACUGGUCAGGAGUCAUCUUGUCUUCACUCUCUGGCUCACUCCAUUUUCAAUGAC